AUGGUUGAAGCUAAUAACAAUACUGAGUCAGCUCAUCAAAAUUUACAGGAGAAUGAUGAUGAAACCGCAUCGAUAAUAGAAUCAAUGAAAAAACUAUCAAUAGCGAUUAAUGGUAGGGAUACAGAAGCGACUUCUCAAAAAUUUUCAUCUUUAGCUGAAGCAUAUCGUGUAACAGGAAUUAGAGGGGAUAGAAUUAGUUUAGUAUGUCGUGGAUUUCGAACUUAUGUCGGAGGGUAUCGUUGGGAAUAUGUAGAUACAACAAUACAUAAUAAGGAUUGA